GGACACCUCAAGAGGUUUUGAUGAUUUUUGAGAUGUUAAAGAACAGGAGAAAACGAUGCAAAUUAGGGCACUAUGAUUGUUUGAAGUAUACAUUUUUAGCCAUAAUUAUAACCUGUUUGGUAGUACGUAACGUUUUUUUUUUUUUUCUACUUUUUUUUUCGCAUAGUGGUUAUCACAUUUCAUCGAAUUCACCGAUGUGCAAUCCCUAGACUCCAACCUGCAUGGACGCCCUUUGGACUCGUCACUAAUUCCUCCAAAGGAUCCAAAAAAAAAAACAUUUAAGUACGACACUUAUAAGUUGACCUUAACUUGAAAACCGUCAUACAAAAGGCCCUUCUCCACAAGAUUUCUCAGUUGCAAACGCAUUAAUUCAGGAUACUCUAGCCGUCAGAUGAAUUGGGAAAUUAUAGCUCAACUGAUACUGGUACAUUAAAUAGCUAAAGGUUGUGGCGUAUACGCGCUCAGCAGGCCGUGAAUCUAACCAUGGACACAUUUUCUUUCCACUAAACAGUUCUACCGUUCCCCAGAAGGCCCUUCUGAGUUAAGAUGACAAAACUGUGAAAUACCAGCCUCGUCGCAAACAAAGUUUCCUUCUACGUUGACUCAAAACACACAAAUCAUAGAGAUCAGUGGCUUUUUAAAGGUUUGCUAUUAUUCUUACUCAACAAAAACUGUCACAACAAAAUAUCAUUUACCUCACGGUGUCACAUUUGGCAGGUAAACCUACCGGUUACCAGCAAAAUGUAGCUGUGAAAUGAUAUGACACUGUUUCAUCAAAAAAGAAACCGAAAUCUGAAUAGAGGCAAGGGUCUUAGUUAAGCUUUCUGGAGACAUUGAACCGAACAAGAAUUUUCCACGCGCGAAUGAAAACCAAUGGGCUUUCAAAGAAGCAAAACAUGUUUAUUCUUCGCUAAUUGCUUGGUGUUGCCACAAAACAGUAACUCUAAGUUUUUGUUUAGAAUCAGUGACCCCUGAAACUUCAAUUUUUCCUGUUUUGAAGUGGAGACUCUACUAAUUUCACGGCAAUUUCCACGGCUCGUGACUUUAGACAAUGAAAGUCCAAAUAACGCAACAAACAAUCUUCGAAUCGCCCCCGGUUCAAACUGAAUUUUCUCUCUUUCUCGUAGUCUAUAUAUUGUGGAAUUAGCUCAUUAACAAGCACUAUAAGUUAAACACCAACCCAACAAAGGGUUGAAACUUGCUUUUCCCUAAUUGGUGGACAUAACGUCAUUGGCUUGAGCUCAUUAAUAGUGAAUCAAGGUAACCAGGUAACAGAGGCCAUCUUCUCCACGGGAAAGUCUAAUUUUCUCGAAGGGAAACCAAGAUUCAAAAUGCUUUUGCCAAGAAUUUUAGGCCUAAUUCUUGGAGUCUUCAUUUUAAUCGGUUUAGCACAUUCCUACGUAUACACAGAAGAAGUGGACACAAACCCAGACAUGAUCGGUUGUUACAUUGACGACAAAAUGUUGGACGACAACUUUCGCCUGGUGAAUCCCCGAGCACUAGGAUAUCAAGUGGAGCAUUUUGAUACAAAACAAGACUGUAUUGAUCAGUGUGGGGACAAAGGUUUCCUUUAUGCCGGUUUUCAAAAUGGCGAUCUUUGUUUCUGUGGCAACGACUACGACAAGUAUGGUCGCGCUGAUGAUAGUGAAUGUAAUAUUAAAUGCAGAACCCCGGAUGAACCGGUAGAGUUCACUGAUAAAGAGUUUGAGUCUUGUGGUGGUCGAUGGAGGAAUGCUGUUUACGCUGUUACUGGCGUCAAAUCCGCGGAACGUCUAGCUGCUUUGAAAUGGUGGCAAGGGAAAAAAUAGAAUGCAUUUGGAGUCUCCCUGGAACCUAAUGUGGACGACUUGACAUAUACCUACCGUUAUGCCAACAUGAAUUUUCUUUUAAAUAUUCACUAUAUAGAUUUUUAUUACACCAAAGGGAGUCUUGGUUCUCUAUCAUGCGACGACAAUACUUUAAUAACGAGACACUUUUGAUAGAGAUUCAAGCAUAGCACCGAAUACGGAGCUAGAGAAACUCAGCAACCCUUUCUAUGAAUAGAACAGAUACUUCCCUUAAAUCUCUCUUUUUAGAAUCGUUUAUGUUCCAUAAUAAUCAUUUCAGUCUCCGAUACCCAGCGUCAUUGAAAGCAAGGGAAAAAAUAAAGUAGUUUUCUAGGCCCUAGUUAACGCAACAUCUCAUUGCGGUAACAUGUUGCAGGUUUUUGAAAGCAAUUCAAAAACUUGCAAAAUUGUUGCCUGAAUUUGCAUUUGUGUUACAAAAGGCCUCGUGAAACAUACCGUUGCCGACCGCUGCCGCAACAAAGUUGCGUCAAAAGUUGUCUCGUGUAACAUGGAUUAAAA